UUAUAUUUGUUUAUUGAUAUUUAUAUUGUAUUUAUCAAAAAAAUUUUAAAGUUGAAUAAAAUGGACGAGAAUAAUUUGGGAGAUUGUAAUGUUUGUGAGAUUGUUUCUUCAUUAGAUCCCAAAGAUUUUGUUGAACCAGAAUCAACAACAGUACCUUUUGAUUUCGUUGAAAAAACUUACGAAGAACGAUACAUUUUUAAUGCGUAUAGAGAUGUUUGUUUAAAACUAAAAGAACACCAAAUAUUGCACACAGUGCAUUAUGUUUCAGCAUUCUCCAGAAGAAUGGGAAAGGAAUUACAAGAAUUGACAAAAAAAAAUCAUAAAGUUUUUUUUGAAGAUAAAGAUUUUCCCUAUUCUGGAGUUCCUUUUAUUAUAUCUUCACAGUCUACUCUUGACUGUCAACAAGGGAAAGACCGAAAUGUUAAAGUAAAGGCUGAGUACAGAGAGAAAAAAAAUGAUGAAGCGGCAAGAGACCAUUCUUGUAGAAAACAUAAAAAUAUUGUGCAAGUUACAAAGAAAUUCGAUUGCCCUGCAAAGGUUCACAUAAAAGAAAUACUAAAAUUUCCAGAGUUUAAGGUUUAUAGAGAUUCUGAAUGGCUCAGGAAAGACACAUCAAAAAAACUCUGUUUAGCUUUGACUGGAAACAAAAAUAUGAUAGUGUCUAGAAAGUAUGUCUUGAUUAUACCAGAUAUUACUGUGCACAGAAACCAUUUAAUUGGCAAUGCAGCAGGUCUUCUUCAACCUAUUUCAGACGAACUUGUUAUCAAAAUUGGAGAACUAGUUAAAGUUGGAGUAAAUAGUGUAACAGAGAUGAGGCCGCAUCUGGAGAACUUUGUUCACAUCAAUUUUAGUUCAAGAAGUAUGCCAAAUAAAUCCAACAAACGCUUUUUCCCGUUGGAUGAAACUAUCCGCAACCAUAUGCUAAAAGCUAGAAAAAAAAUGUGUCACUCCCUAAUAGACCAAGAGUGUUUAAAUAAAAAGGUAGCAGAAUGGGCAAAUAAUUAUAAAAAAGCUUUUAUAAAGUUUCGUCCCAAAGGUGAAAACAAUUCAGAGGACAAUAAUCAAGACCUUCAAAAGUCCUUGUUGUUCAUUUUUCAAGAUAAAUGGCAAAGAAGGUUACUCUUGCGUUAUGGCAAUGAGCUAUCAUUUCUUGAUGCAACAUACCGAACUACUCGAUAUGCACUUCCUCUCUUCUUCCUAGUUGUUAAAACUAAUGUUGAUUAUCAAAUAGUUGCCAUUUUUGUAUGUAAAAAUGAAACAACAGAAGCCAUUAAAGAAGCACUAAUAUUUAUUAAAAAAUGGAAUCCUUCAUUCCAACCUAAAUACUUUAUGACAGACUAUUCAAAUGAAGAGAUAAAUUCACUUGAGUCAGUGUUUCCCGAAUGUAGUGUAUUUAUUUGCGAUUUUCAUCGUGAGCAAGCUUGGGAGCGUUGGCUAUCGAAAUCUAGUAAUGGGUGUUUAAUUGUCAAGGAAGAUGUCAAGGUUAUGUUACGUCGAAUAGCUCAUUCAAAAACAAUUGAGAUUUGUAAAGAAGCUGAAAAAGCAUUAAAAGAUUCAUCUGAGUAUAAUAAUCAUCCAAAACUAAAAGAGUAUUUAAAAAAUACUUGGUUGUGUAUCAAAAAGAGAUGGGUAUCCGCAUACAGACAAGAUAGACUUUUGCUGAAUGUGAAUACCAACAACGGAAUUGAGCGUAAAAAUUAAAGUUUUAAAUACAGUUUCUUAGAAAAAAGAAAAAAUUCUUCCCUUACCGCUAUGCUUAGCAUAUGCAUUGAAGAAUUCCUUCCACACAAGUAUGACAGGUUAGUCAGUUAUUGUCAACCCUAUACUACCAUUACUUUCAAUAAUAAUAGUAACAGUAAACAAUGGUAACAAUAAAUAGUAUUCUCCUGAAUAUAUUAGAUUGUUGUCAGAUUUCAAAAAUUAUUUUAAAGUCUAACUGUCUUUCUAUGUAUUUUGGAAAUUCAAGAAUUCUAUUUACUGUACUGUAAAAAACAAUCGUAUUUUAGCUAUGCCAA